AGGGCUAUGCCAUGCAUUCUCCAGCCCUGCUUGGUCUUCUCCCGUGGGCUGAGCAGAAUACGAGGUUUUACGUGACUAGAAAGCCGCUCUUAUCGCUCUCUGGGCUGCCACAGCCCACUCAGUUCCUGGGCCCCCAACUCCUGGCCGCAGGCCUUGCUCUGAUGAGCACCAGGGAACCUUAUCUGUUGGGCGCAGCGCUCGGCCGCUGCUGGCAGCGAUAGCAGCCGGACUACAGCUCCCAGCAUGCUCCUCUGGUCGCGCGCCGCCCGUCUCGACUGUCGCUUUUCUAAUUGGAAGGUUCCUUCUCCCGGCUAGCGAGCUCCAGGACCCGACAGUGCGGCGUGAGCAGAGCUGGGGCGACAUGUCCUUGCACCUGGGUCGGCUGAGCGCUGGCCCCUGCUGGCGCACGGCAUGCGGCGGCCGCGGGGAGCUGCGCGCCUGGUCACGUCGCUGCGCGGCCCGACCCAUCGGCCGGUACCCUGGCACGGCUGGCACAGAACAGAGCCGGGGGAUGGGGCACGGCCCCACCGCGCGGGGCAGCUCUUGGCUGGGAACCGGACUGGCCACGGCUCUUGCAGGUUUGGCAGGGAUGGCGGCUGCUGUCUUUGGGCACGUGCAGCGGGCCGAGAUGGUUCCCAAGAGCUCCGGGUCGCGGAGCCUGCCUCCCGAGAAACCCGAAGAGGAAGACGACCUGGCCCGUCGCUGCAGUUGCUUCAUGGCCAUGCCUGUGACCGACCUGCAGGAGCUGCGGCGGAGACCGAACGAUAUGAAGACCAAGAUGGAGUUGCUAAUCCUGGAGACCCAAGCUCAGGUGUGCCAGGCGCUGGCACAGGUAGACGGAGUUGCCAACUUCUCUGUGGACCGCUGGGAGAGGAAGGAAGGAGGUGGUGGCAUCAGCUGUGUGCUUCAAGAUGGGCGUGUUUUUGAAAAAGCUGGGGUGAGCAUUUCUGUCGUGCAUGGAAAUCUUUCUGAGGAAGCAGCAAAACAAAUGAGGAGCAGAGGAAAAACUCUGAAGACUAAAGAUGGUAAAUUGCCAUUUUGUGCUAUGGGUGUGAGCUCUGUUAUCCACCCGAAGAAUCCUCAUGCUCCCACUAUCCAUUUCAAUUACAGAUAUUUUGAGAUAGAAGAAGCUGAUGGUAACAAGCAGUGGUGGUUUGGUGGUGGAUGUGACCUCACUCCGACGUACUUGAACCAAGAGGAUGCCGUCCAUUUUCACAGAACUCUAAAGGAGGCCUGUGAUAAGCAUGGCCCACAUCUUUACCCCAAGUUUAAAAAAUGGUGUGAUGAUUACUUCUUCAUAGUCCAUCGUGGAGAGCGGAGGGGCAUCGGCGGCAUCUUUUUUGAUGACCUGGACUCUCCGUCCAAGGAGGAGGUGUUUCGCUUUGUGCAGAGCUGUGCCCAGGCGGUCGUGCCCUCCUACAUUCCGCUGGUGAAGAAGCACUGUGAUGAGUCAUUCACAGCCCAGGAGAAGCUGUGGCAGCAGCUCAGGAGAGGACGGUAUGUCGAGUUUAACCUGCUGUAUGAUCGGGGCACAAAGUUUGGCCUAUUCACUCCAGGCUCCAGGAUUGAAAGCAUCUUGAUGUCGCUACCUCUCACUGCCCGAUGGGAGUACAUGCAUUCACCCUCUGAGAAUUCCAAAGAAGCGGAAAUCCUGGAAGUACUGCGCCAUCCGAGGGACUGGGUGCACUGAUGCGGGCAGCGCGGUGGACAGGCCCGGAACACGGCUGCGCAUCCCUGUGCUGCUCUGGCCUGCGCUGCUGCCACCGUGUGGCACUUGGAAGGUGCUAGAAUGUGCUGCGUACUGUCAGUGACGGGUGGCUGGGUGGCAGCUUGUCAGACUGGGUGAUGACUUAAAAACUCAUUGUGAUUUUAGAAUCAUUUUAUAUGACUGCUUUACAGAAUUUGACAUGGAGUUUCCAGAGUCAAGUGAGAGGAACAUCAAUAUUAUAUAUUGCCAGGAAGCUGCUUCUCUGGUUUUUCUUUUAUAUAUUUUUUAAAAUUUCAGUUUUCUGCCACAAAAGUCACUGAUGUUGGAUGCAUCUUAUUUUCAUUAAUUUUGUGAAGUUGAGCCUUUUAAGUAAUUUUAGGAACAGAAGUUGAAGGCAAAAGUUUUACUUGGUCAUGACAGAAGUCUCUUUGAUAUAAUAUUUAUGUAUUUUUCUCCAGAGUCUGUAGAAAAAUAAAUAUUCAUUUUCAUAAUGAUAGAUAUUUAGUAUACUUGAAAUUUUGUUAAUCUCUGCCUAUGUCACACUUGAGUGACCUAUAGUUUUAACUGUAAAGUGACAUUAAUAUUCUUUAAACAAGGGAUGUCUGAGUUGUAAUUUUGAUUUUUAUGGAACCAUAAUGUAUUGAUGUUUGGAUCUCUGCUCUUUCAAAUAUAAAAGCUUAUAUCCCUGGA